AUGGAGUCCAAUCAUAAGGAAGAUUCAAUAAACUCAAGCGAAGAAGUUGAUCAGCCAGAGCAAGAAAACAACGAUGGAGGUGCAGGCCGAUCCUACGAGUGUGUGUUUUGCAAGAGAGGUUUCACAACAGCACAGGCCUUAGGUGGCCAUAUGAAUAUCCAUAGAAAAAAUAGAGCAAAGAACAGGCCUACUUCAAUCAAAUUAAAGGGACAUGAAGAGAAUUACACAAGUCCUUUGUUCUACCAGUCAAUUUCAAGCUACCCUCCUCUUCAUUCGGCAGCUCAGGAAUCACUGAUGAAUUAUCGAACAUAUUUCCCAGCAUCUACAUCAAAUACAACGACCUUGUUUGAAAACCAUUGUAGUAAUUUUCAUGAUUGCGGCCCACAGCGCUUACCAUUUGGAGAGGAUUGUAGCAUGAGCUUGAGCUUGAGGUUUGGUUCAGCAUAUGCACAAGAUAUGGAGAAUAAGGUACGAGGUGGAAGUGCAGAAGAUGAAUUGAAUUUGGAGCUUCAGCUAGGUCACAAUCCGUAG